AUGAAUACAAUAUAUGAGUUGGAUAAACAAUGGAAGAGGAUGCUAACCUUGGAAAACUUCCUUGGUGGGUUAACUGUUAACGAGUUUGUUCAGGAAUUAAGCAAGGAACAUGAUACAUCUGCUGGUAAUACAGGGCUCAGUACGGGUGGAAAUCGUGAUAGUACAUUUGAUCGCUUAGAUCCAAAACCAUAUAUUAGAACUUUUGAGUCUGUUUUAAGAGAGCUGAAGAAACUUAAGGUGCAAUGUAAUUCAAAAAAGGAACAUCUAGAACAGCAGGUUACCGAAAGUGAACUAGCGCAUGCGAAAAAUGUUUUGCAGUUAAAUGAUAUGUUCAAAGGCAUAGUAGUCAACUACAAUGUAUUAGAUGAAAAACUGAGCUCGGUUACUCAGGUUGUUUCCCCUCUCGGAGAAAGGUUGGAAAAGUCUAUGAGGACUAAAAAUGCAUAUGUCAAAUCAGUGGAACUGGUGACUUAUUACAACGAAUUUUAUACAAAUAAGGGUUCUAAGAAAUUAGAGCAGUUAAGAACUUCUCUGGAUUGGAAACAAAAGGCUCAGGCAGCUGUUGUGGUUAAGCAGCUACUGAUUUUGGCACGUAAGAUUGAUACUAAAUCACUCUCUCAAUCUAUUGAAACGACUACAUGUAUUGAAAAAUACUCAGAAGUUAUGGAGACAGAAUUACUAGAUAACUUUAAUUUGGCUUAUCGUGAGAAUGACUUUGAUCAAUUGAAUGAAAUUGCUGUAAUUCUCAAACAUUUUAAUGGAGGCGUCAAUAUGAUUCAAAGUUUCAUAAAACAACACGAAUUCUUCAAUGAUUUAGAAUCAGUAAAACAGGAUGAAGCAGACAUGGCUGCUUUUGCUGCCCCUAAUAUGACAGAAAAAUUAACCAAUGCUGAAAUACAUGAUAUGUUUUAUCCACAGUCACUGGUUAAAAAUUUAAACGAAAUGAAGAGCGUUAUUAAAGCAGAAUCAAUAAUUGUUAAAAAGGUAUUUGAGGAUAGAGCGCCAAAUGUCAUGAAGCUGUUUCUUCAGCAUCUUAUGGAAAAAAUGGUGGAGCCAAAAGCCACUCUGUUUCUUAAUACUUCUAUGACUAUUUCUAACCUUGCUUAUCUCAGAACGCUACAUGCAGUUUAUUCAUUAAUUAAUCAGUUCAUCAAAGAUGUGUCGGAAUGCCUCAUUGAAUUAAACUUCGACAAAGAUAACCUACUCUCCAACACUUUAGACCAAUGCUUUAACGAUAUAUUUUCUAAAAUUGUUUUUGAUAGGUCAAAGUAUUUUGAUGUUGAAAAGAAAUGUCUAGAGAGUAUAUUAGUUCAUAUGGCUUCAGAAUUUAAUAUUUACCACGAAAAAGAUAUUAAGUACAGAACGCUAUCUAACAAGUUGUCUUCAAAUAAAGACGUUAAAGCUGAGUUAGGUAUGUUAUCUGUACCAGGAACAAACAGCAGGCUAUCAAAAGUUAAUAGUUUCAUUAGAAGCCAUUUAGAAAGGGAUAGGAAGGGAAUAUCGAAAUCUCCAACUUUAAAGCAAUCAACUGAGAGCACACCUCCCCCAGAAUCCGGAGAUCUCACACAUGAUGAAGAUCCAUUGUGCACGCUUUCAUAUCUCGAUACCAUGCUAAAGUGCGCAGUGGAGUCUCUAGCACGCAUGAUGGAACUAAUUCCUACGAAUUCAAGUGAUUUCUGUCUGGAACUAGUUGAGGUAAUGAUGUUUGGUCUGGUCAGUUCCUAUGUAGAAUCUGCACUCGAAACUGCUUAUACUCAAUUAACUCGUCUGGAUGCGUUCCAAGAUACUGAAUUAAAUCUUUCCUACUUGAAGUAUGUUUCAAGGACUACUGAAAUGUUGAGUUUAAUAUCUGCUUCAAUUAAAGCCAUUAUCAUUCCAUUGCUGAACAACUCUCCUCAAGCUAAGAAGAGUGUAAUCAAGUUGUCUAACGCUUAUCUAAGAAGGUCAGAGGUUGCCAUUAAUAUUAUACUAGAUGAUACAGUUCUAUUCCUAGAUCAAAAGUUUAACCAUGUAUUGUCUAAACAGAAUAAGAAAGAUUUUAUUCCAAGAUCUCAGGAAUUAUUAGAUCAAGAUACCAUACCGGGUGCUGAAUUAGUUGCAGUGUUGCACGCAAUACAUACGCAAGUAUUACGUCAUUUAAAAAAUGGUAACCUGGAAAGUUUUUUGAUUGAAGUAGGUAACGUACUAUAUGAAAAGUUGUUAGACCACUACAAAAAGUUUCAAGUUAGCUCCAUUGGUGGCGUUAUAGUAACUAAGGAUAUCAUCGGAUAUCAAAAUAUAAUUGAGGAAUGGGGUAUUGCAGAAUUAGAUGAGAAAUUUGCUCUUCUGAGAGAGCUGGCCAACUUAUUCACCGUUCAGCCAGAUUUGUUGGAAUCUUUGACUAACGAGGGGAGAUUGGUUUCUAUGGAGCGGAAAAUCGUGACCGAAUAUAUCUCCAGAAGGGAAGAUUUUAACAACGAUAGCUUUAGAUCUAAAUUCGGGAUCAAUUUGAUGUGA